CAGAGAACACACGCGCCUCCCAGCCUCUCUCCGGCCCCGAGCCGAGCAGCCCGGCGCUCCCCGGGAGCUUUGUGUGUGCGCUGGGCUCCCAGACUCACAGGCCCCGGAGGGCAGCUCCACCACCGCAGACAGGACACGCCUCAGCCCGGGCGCAAAUUCCCGGCCUCUUCUGGCCUCCGGCCAGCAGCCACCGCCCGCCACCCCGUCUCCACCGCCGGCACCGGGGCUGCCCCGUCGGGCGCCGAACUCGUCUGCGCCCGGGCCCACCGCGCGGUAGGGACGGCACCGAUGUGGCGCAUGCGUGCUGGCGCCACCAGGUGCGGGAGCUGCGGCGGCGGGGACAGCGGCGGCGGCCGAGGGCGCGGCGGGCCUGGGCGUCCGGGCCGCGUCCGGGGAGGCGGCGGCGGCGGCGGCGUGGGCUGGCGAGGCCGGGCGGGCGGCGCCCGACAGCAGCUGGAGGAGCGGUUCGCCGACCUGGCAGCCAGCCACCUGGAGGCCAUCCGCGCGCGGGACGAACGGGACCGGCAGAACGCGCGGCUGCGCGAGGAGAACGCCCGGCUGCGGCUCGAGAACCGCAGGCUGAAGCGCGAGAACCGCAGCCUCUUCCGUCAGGCUCUGCGGUUCCCGGGCGAAGGCGGCGACUGGGCGACCGCGGAGGGGACCCCAGGCCCGGAAGAGACCGGCACGAACCGGAGGCCGGGAGGCGGCGACCCCGAGGAUGAGUCGGGGAACCCCAAGGCCCUGCGGGCCCGGCUGGAGAAGCUCGAAGCCAUGUACCGUCGGGCCCUGCUGCAGCUGCACCUGGAGCAGCGAGGACCACGCCCGCCCAGGGACAAGGAGGAGGCGCGGGAGCCCCCGGAGCCCGCGCAGACCCCGCAGACCCCGCAGACCCCGCAGCCCGCGCAGCCCUCGCAGUCCCCGCAGACCCCGCAGACCCCGCAGCCCUGGCUGUAGCACGAGGCGGGGCCUGGCGCGGCCCCUACUCCGCCGGUCCCGGGCCUGGCGCACACCGCGCCCGCCGAAGCUGGCUCCCGAGCGCUCGGCCAGGUCCCUCGCCCGCGGACGCUUCCGGGAGGCGCCUGGCAUGGUGCCCGCGGCCCCAGGGAGGGUGGACGGUGCCUGUCCCCGGGUCCUCCUCCUCCUCCCCACCCCCGCCGUGAACGGAGCACCUGCGCCUGGCGAGGCUACUUUCCGUGGAGCGAGGCCUGGUAGCACAGGAGCUGCUUUUGAUUAAGAACUGGGUGCCAGUAAGCGCCUCCAAACUCCUACGUACUGAUGUUGUAAGGGCCUGCUGUGUUUUCUCCCAUGUGUUGAUGUUUAAGCAGAAACUAAUGCAUUUUGAGUUGAUUCACAUUUGUUUAUACUUCAAACUCCUGGAGCCUCCAGCUGCUGUUACCUCUUAUGUGGUCAACAUUUUGAGUAUUUGCUUUUAUAAAUCAGCAUUAGUUGGAAAUCCUAUAAAAAUAUCACUUUUUAUAAAGAAAGUAAUACUUGUAACUUAAAGUUUCAUGUCUGCCCCUUUACUGCAGUUUAUAUACAUCAAAUACAUACUGCUUGGUUUACCCCCAGGGAGUUUUUUAACUAUGGUUGAUACUUUGGGUU